GAACGACUUCUACGAGCUCUAGAUUUCCGGAACAGGUUCUCUUCUCGCCCAUACUUACCUUCACACGUUAUACCUCCAGAGAGAAAAAAGAUUAUUUUCAGGGAUAUCUUAGAAAUUAGAUGGCCUGACCCUGCUACAGCUAAUCUGACAAGAUGUGCAGACAAUGGCAGUGUGAAGAUCUCGUCAGUAGAUGGUUAUGCUCACCUUUACCUGUCAGAAUUGCAGCAAGAAUUCACAGUGGAGUUCUUAUGCAAAGUCAGCCAGUCAACAGCAGCAUCCCUAAGCUCCUCUCAAAAGAACAGCAACGCUCAAAACAGAGAUCACUAUGGAAAAUCACAAAAGAAUUAUGUUGCUGUAAUGCCAUUGAAACAAACAAGCAUAGAGGGUAAGAAGACUGAUCAAGGUUGCACUGAAGGUAAAUACAGAGAACCAACCAAUUCAGAGGACCAAAGAGACACAGAUGGAGUCCCUUUGUUCUACACAAAUCACUCUUGUGAAUACACGUGGGUUACACAGUGUUGGUCUGUCUCCUCCUACCCAGAAGAAUGGAAAUACCCUUUGUCACUGGCACAUAUGUGCUAUAACUUACAUACUGCUAAGAAUGUAAUGCAGACAUGUGAGAAAAACAACCAUCCCUCUACAGAAACUGAUGUUUUAAUAGAUCCUGGAACAAAGGAAACAGCUUCUCAUUUACCUACAGCUUUGCCACUCAGCUGCAGAGCCCCACACUUACACAGGUGGACUUUCUGUGACUUCUUUCAGAAUGAAGAUGCUGAAAAGUAUACAUGCCCUCAGCUAAUUCAGAUUGUAUGGUGGCAGGGUGUUUUUUAUAGAUUUAUCCACGGUAGGAAAAACAUCAUAGAAAUCUAUCCUGGUGAUGACUCAGUUCUCAAGUCAGAGGGAGCACUUUUUGGAAAUUAUUUCAUACACUAUGUAAUCCAAAAAGGAACAAGAAAGAGGGAAGAGAAGAUGUAUUCAGUCAACAACCUACCUCCUGAUGUACCAGGAAAUUCAUAUUCUGUAUCCUCCAUCAUUACUCAGGCAACCAAAAUACUUCAGUACUGCUACAAGACUAAACUGUCAUUAACUCAUAACUAUUAUCUCUGCUGUUGGAAAAUGGUACCUGAGACAGAUGGACGAGAAAUGUUGCCAGUUUUGCUGUAUGAAAAGGUUAUUCCCAGCAUAGGAAGACUCCUCGUGUACUCGGAUCAUAAAGUCCAUGCUGCUUUCUGGGAUGGGGUGACCUUGAAUAUGGUCUGGGAUUUUAGCUCUUCCUGUAGCAAGAUCCAGGUAAAUGAAGACGUAGGCUGGUGUAAGUUAACUACCCCUGAUGGGUUACAGCAGCUAAUACAAAUAAGUCAUCCUGGAAUCUAUGAAAGGUACACAAGAACAGCAAUACAAUGGUGCAGAAGUUUGAACGAAAAGGAGAUUCCUGAAUAUACUGAACACUCUGUAACUGAAGAAAACUGGUCUGCUGAUGUUGAGCUUGAAAAAAUACAGAGAUUUAACUGUAUCCUUUCUGAAAGCUUUUUAUUGGAUAAUAGCAAUGUUCUGGAAAGAACAUCUGCUGCAAAAAACAAUCCAUCUGGUCUUACUGUCAGAAAAACAGAAAACGGGAGUGAGACGGAAAAAAUCAGUGAAGGGUGUGUCCUGGAGGCUUUGGAAAAAACUUCCAAAGUAAUUCAGGAUAUUGAAUCUCUGCUUGCGGCUUCUGGGAG